CCGGCACAAAGAAAUCCGGCAUUACAGUGUUAAAAUGCUGGUCUUGUUGUUUAAGUUAGUGGGCAGGUAGAAAAAUCCGCUGGUACUGUAAUAGAGGGUAAUGUCACUUUAAGACAUGUGAUACUUUACCGAGCAGGGAUGUAUCGAAACAGACUACUGAUACUUCAGGGCACCGUCUAGCAGCAGUCCAGCUCUCUCGGAACAGAGCGAGUUGCCUGAUUGCACUGAAGGCAGGGGAACAGGGAUGGUCCCUCAUUAAGACGAAACUGAUUUUCAUCUGCAAGUACCCCGGGAACUAUACAUUACCUCAAGAUCCCUCCAAAGGGCUCAUCGCACAGAGGGACCACUAGCAGAUGAUUUAAAGGUGAAGAUGACAAGGUUUCCACCCCUCAAACCUUGGCUACUUUUCUGACAACGCGAUCUGAGCUCUGAUGUCUUCUUUAUUCUGGAAAUAGGAUUGAUAACAAGAAAAAGAAAGAAAGAAAUCGCUCUCCUUUUUUAAUCCCGAUAAAGAAGAUUAUUGAAAACCUCUGAUUGUGGUCCCUACACAUGGAUUUUAAAAAGUGUUAGAUCUUUCCAAUGAACACUAAUAGAGCAUUCUGCUCCUGGUUGGAUUACUCAGAGUAUGGCUAUGGUCUCUGCAAUGUCCUGGGUCCUGUAUUUGUGGAUAAGUGCUUGUGCAAUGCUCCUCUGUCAGGGAUCUCUUCAUCACACUUUCCAACAGCAUCACCUGCACAGACCAGAUUUUCCACCACAUGCCAGGGGAAAGUUGGAAGGAGGAACCUGUGAAGUUAUAGCUGCACACAGAUGUUGUAAUAAGAAUCGCAUUGAAGAAAGGUCACAGACAGUAAAAUGUUCCUGUCUGCCUGGCAAAGUGGCUGGAACAACCAGAAACCGACCGUCCUGUGUCGAUGCUUCCAUAGUGAUUGGGAAAUGGUGGUGUGAGAUGGAGCCAUGUCUCGAAGGAGAAGAAUGUAAGACCCUUCCUGAUAAUUCUGGAUGGAUGUGUGCAACUGGUAACAAGAUCAAAACCACACGAAUUCAUCCAAGGACCUAAUGGCCCCAUUCUUUGGAUGUAGUGAAGAGAAGUCACCACUACAUAGGAAACAACACGUUUUAAGAAUUCUAACCAUCUUAAGCAUUUUCAAGCCAAAUGGAUUUCUUAUUUGCACUCUGACUGGUUAUCUACCAGCUAAUCACAGUGCUGUCACUGUGUGUAACGAAAUGUCCCAUGGUGAAAACAUCCAAGGUUUUGGCAGCGUGGCAGAAGAAAACACAGAAGUUUGGGGAUUUUUGUGAUUAUGAAGUAUGAACAACUGUCUUAUAAUUUGGAGCUACAAUUUCCUUUCUACCAUUUAAAAUAUAUAUAAUAUUUUGAAAUAUAACGAAUUCUCUUCGAGAAACAAACAGUACCACACGCCAAUGCAGCUUCCAUACCAUGGUUUUUUGUUUGGGGUUUUUUGGUUGGUUUGCUUCUUUUCUUUUCCUAAUGAGAUGGAAGACCUUUGGAAAGAUAUAGUGAUCGCACCAAAAUGGUCAGCAGUAGGUGGUCUCCUGGAAUUCAAGGAAGCACCAAGAUACUUCAUGAAGAGCUUCCUUCUGUUUUUACUCAAUCAUUCAAGGAAAUCCAUGGUUGUCUUUUCUUGUGUUCUGAAGGCUUUCUCCCUUGUGCAAUACUAGCAUGCUGGCUUUGCUCUCAUAACCAUACUUUGUAUUCAAUUGAUAUAUGAUGACAGUUCUUAACCUCUUCGAGGAAAAUAUUUUUAGAAUUAUUAGCUACUCCACUAAGGAGUCAAUGAAGAUUCUUAAGGAAGUGGCUAUGUGAUGCUCUUAGGACUCAGGCAGAGUUGAGGUGGAUCAUGGUUUCCCUUCUUCAUGAUGCCGUGUAAAUACAAUGUCUAAAGACUUUGUAGAGCUGUCCUCGUCUGCAGUAAAAUUCCUCUGACUAACUCCAGAGUUGGCCAUCGUUUACUCCAUUCUGUGGUUGAGCUCUACAUCAUAUCAUGGCAUUCUUGUUUUUGAUAAGGUUUUGGACUGCUUUCUUUGGAUGGUCUGGGGUAAAGGAAAUAAUUCCAGGCUAGGAAAAUUAGGGGGGAAAGUCAUGUUCAUUAUUCAUGGUAUGAACAAAGAUUAGCCAAAUCUCUGAGGAUGGAAAGUGUCUUCUAUUGAACCCAAAUUCACCCUCUUCAUAAAAUUUGAUUUUAGUUUUUUAGUUUUUACUUUAGUCUCCCUAGGACACUCUAAGGCCUUGGUAAGAGCUCUGUUUAAGGUCUAGAAAUCAAUAAAUACCUUCUUCCAGAAUUUUUUUCCUCCUAGAAACUACUUCCAUCCCUCACAUUUUUAGAUUCCAAAGUCCAUAUAACAACAUUACUCUUCUAACCAAUGAUAUUUAGUAUUGGGUCUCAGAUUCUGUAGACUUUGGUCAGUGGUGUCCAAUUACUUGACAUACAUAGCAUGGGAGAAGGGAUCAAUGGCCAGUCCUAAAGUGAGGAAGAAAUGAGUUCAGAUCUCACUUCUCAGGGCAUGCUGGUAAAUAUUUAACAUGCAUAUUUCUCAAAAGGUGUGUCUGAUUUUUAAGUUUAAUAUACAUUCUUAACACUUUCUCAAGUACAGACAAUCAGCAAAACAAUAAAUCAGGCUGUUCUAUAGCUUGUGCAAUUUCCAAAGUGUAAAUGCCCAUGCUAAAAAUUUAAUGAUGGACUUUCCUGAGACCUUCCAACCAGACUCUUGACUCAAGCAAGACCUUGACUCUGACAACAUAUUGGCUGGAUGAUCCCGGUUAAAUCAUUUAACCUCCCUGUCUCUCUAAGGUACAGGAGAGCUGCUCAUUUACAGUUGUGUUUUUCCCAUUAAAUCACAGAUAUGUUAAAAAGUAAGACUAAAAUACUAAAAAUGAAAGUAUAGAGAUCCCUUUAUCCCACUCUAAAAAAGAUUGCUAAGGUCCACUGCUCCUAUAAAGAAAUAUCCUUUCUGCUUUUCUAAAAUGAAAUAUCAGUUUAAUUUUUAAAUUUCCUUGGAUGGCAUUUCAAAACAAAAUAUCUUUCUACAUUUCCUGGUUCUGUGUUAUUAUCUGUUUAUCUGCUCCCCCUGCCAAAGUCUUUUCUCUAGGUCUCAUCAUCAGUGCCUCUCCUUAUACCAAUAGCUUAGCAAAUAUAGGAGGAAGAAGUUUGUCACGUCCAACAUCCAGUGAAAAUGAAAAUCCAUCUCCACAAUUUUGUCUUGAGCAUUGUCUAUCUGGCAUAGUCAGUGACCACUUAGAGAUCCAUGAGGCUCAUUAAAUGAACAACAAACAAAAGGAGGUUGUAUAUGAGUCAGUCUUGGACUUCAAUUUGGGAAGAUGGCUCUGAAUUGAGUAUCAAACACUAAAUUGUGAGACCUUGGAAAUGAUGAUUAUGAUUAGUAAGUGUGUUGACACAUCUAUUCAUUUACACAAUUCAAAUGUAUUGAUUACCUAUAUACCAGGCAUCGUGCUAUAUUCCUAGCAGGAAAAAAAACUAGGCCCUCCAGGAGCUUAUAUUCUACUCAAGAAAGCAACACAGUCAAAGCCCCAUGAAGCUCAGUGCUUACCCUAUAAGUCAAGUAUGUGUAACCCUUACCAAAUGACAACCCAAGAGAAAUUAGGCCAGAGACACAUAAUUGUUAAUAAAAUCUCCAUUUGUCAAUUCACCCAAAAACUUGGAAGCAAGUUCCACUAGGGAGACGCUAUUGCAUUCUGCCCUGUUUUUUUUUUUUUUAAAGAGUACCCUCUUCUAAUGCAGGAGAAACACCACGGAAAUAUUUGUAACUAUACUCAAACUCGUUUUAGGUUUGUCCUCCUCUCUUUUAUAGUUGUGCAAACGCAUCCAUUUGUGUUUGAAUUCAUCAUUACAUGUUGGGGAAAAUUCUAAAAUUCAGUAGACACCAUCUGCCUAUUAAUUCUGGUCAUUUUAUGGUGUAAAAACUUGAUCAAAUCUCUGGUAAUAAAGAGCUCAGUGUGUGGUCUAAUUAAUACUGAUGUUGAGAUUGUGCAUAGAAUAUGGUCAAAAUAUGUUAAAUGAUAUUAUGAUGAUAGUAAAUGAAAUUGUGUUAAUGAGAGGGAGCAUGGCAUAAUGGAUGGAAGGCGGCCAGCCUUGGAGCCAUAAAUUAAUGGAUCAGCCACUCAUAAAGUCCUUCUAAUAUGCCAAGUACUAUGUAAAGAUUGAGUUUAGAUCUCAACUCUGUACAUAUUAGUUGUGUCUGUGGGUCAUUCAUUUAACCUCUCAGUGCCCCCAAGGCAAUUCUCUAAGACUACAAGUUACAAAAGAGGCACCAACCUGUAAGGAUGGAUGGGGGCUCCACACUACCAAUUGCCCAGGCUGCCCUUGAAAACUAAAGGCAGGGGCACCUAGGUGGCUUAGUGGAUUGAGAACCAAGCCCAGAGAUGGGAAAUCUUGGGUUCAAAUCUGGCCUUAGAUACUUCCUAAUUGUGUGACUCUGGGCAAGUCACUUAACCCUAUUGCCUAGUCCUUACCAACAUUCUGCCUUGGAACCAAUACACAGAAUUGAUUUCAAGAUGGAAGGUAAAGGUUUGUUUGUUUGUUUGUUUGUUUUUAAGAAAAGGGCCACUUGACAUAGUGAAUAAAGCACUGGUUUUCGGAAAAAGACCGAGGCUCAAAUUCUGCCUCUAAUAACACUUCUUUAUGAUCUUUGUGAUCAUGGGUAGUAAGGUCAUUAACCUCUUGGUGCCUCAAGCAACUCCCUAGAAUUGACCUUUGUAACAUAGAAAAUUAUAACUGCAUUAAUAGAGAGAUUUUCCACCCAAGUAAGGUCCAGGACUGACAAAAUGACUCUAUUUUGUGUAUAUGCAAUGAUCACUCCCCAACAUGGCAAGUUUAAUUAGAAGGACUUAUGAUAGUGAUGAAGGAAAUCUGGUCUAUUCAGUAGGUGUGGUGUCCAAGACGAACUUUCAGUGACUGAUGUUUUCAUGUUAUUGGAAUUAUAGAUUAAUGAACUUUACAAGAAUAUUCAAAACUUUAUGACUUCAUAUUUUUCUAUUAAAAUUAUUAAUACUGUG